GUGCAAGUGAAUACCGCGGCGCAAGCGGACUUAGCAAUGAUGAAAACCCUCCACCAGUAAGCCUACGGCCAGUUUCUUUGAGAGCUGCUGCGUGUGGCGCUGAAACAAGCGAGGGACACAAGCUGCAAGGCUGCCAGCUGACAAUGCGCAUGCCCCCAGUCGUGGCCAGUCGCCUGCGCGCAACCGACGUGCGCCACUUCGCGGGCGACAGCACGUUUCACCAAGUGGCGCGGGCCGUCUGCACCGCGGACGCAGCGAUCGCGCGAAAAGAGCUGCCCGAAUGCUGGGCCAUGGCCGAACGGAUCCACGACGAGUUCUGGCGAUCAGAGCCGCCGCGGCGCGUCGUUGACGUGGCCGCGGGCCAUGGUCUCCUGGGGUGGUUUCUUCUGGCGCUCUGCUACCAAGCUCGCGCGCCUCUUCCGGUCGUCUACGCCGUCGACGAGCGCAUGCCGUCGUCGGCGGGGAAGAUCCGAGACUCCUUUGGCGAGGCCUUCCCGCGGCUACGGGCGCAGCACCGCUACAUCGUCGGCGACGCGCGCGAUGUCGAAGCCACGAGUGAUACGCUCGUGGCGGGCCUGCACGCCUGCGGCGGCCUGUCUGAUAUUGUGAUUGACGUCGCCCUCGAGGGAUCGUCGGCGCUCGCGCUCGUGCCUUGUUGCCACUCUACGAAAAUCUCGCACGACGCUGCAGCGGCGGCGAAAGUGGGCCUCGACGAGGCGAUCGAUGCGGCGCGCGCGCGGCGUCUCGCGGCGGCGGGGUGGGCCGUCGAGCGCGAUGUGUUGUGCUCGCGGGAGAUCACGCCCAAGAACGGCCUCAUCCUCGGGAGGCCUCCCUCCGUGUCCGUCGGGGAGGCGAGGCCGCUCUACCCGCGGUCGCUGCCGCCGUUGUCGUUUGGGUGGCGGGGAGUUGUGCGAGGUAGUUGAUAAUGUUUUAUUUCAU